UUCGUCGGCGUCUCAGUCUUCUAUCUAUUCACAGACAACGUUCUCAGCACUACCGCCGUCAAAGGUCCCAGCAUGGCGCCUACUCUCUCUCCGAAGUCAAGAAGCGCAGGCAUUCACGACCGCGUCUUGCUCUGGCGCGGCUUGCCUCGACAAAACCUAAAGCGAGGCGAUGUUGUGACCUUUUGGAAGCCACAUAACCCGGAAGAAAUAUCCAUCAAGAGGAUUAUAGCUUUAGAAGGCGAUACUAACUACAUCGGAGGCAGUGGGAUGUAUGAUGGGGCUGUGAAAUGUCCAGAUGGAAGUGUCAAGAUCGUGGUGCCGCAUAAUCACAUUUGGGUGGAGGGCGACAAUUGGACGGCAAGCCAGGAUAGCAACGACUUUGGGCCAAUCUCGAAAGCUAUGGUAGAUGGGAAAGCUCUGUAUAUCAUG